AAAGCGCAGCACCACCGUUGUUGUUGUGGUCGAUCAUAAUGGCGGCAGCUGGAGGCGGAUUACCAGCCUCGGUUGUCACUGUAGGCGCAAACCCGUCGGCCCCAGCGCGCUGCCGUUUCCCCGGACGGCCAUGGGCAUCUCGGAGUCAGCUGAAGAUGGAGAGGCGUCUGCGUGUGGGCCGGCUGGGGGCCGAAGACCGAGCGACUCGGUCCAGGGGGCCGAGGCCCAUCAACGUCGGCAAUACGCUGCAGGAGGACCCGUGCUUACUGCGCUUACUGGAGCUGGCGGAGAAACUCGGACGCCAGAAGGAGGCUGGGUUCUGCACCAGUGGCAGCGAUGAGGAGGGAGAUUUCACAGGCUUUCAGGCAGACGGUCGUUGGUCCUUGUGCUCUGGACAUGGCAGUAUUCUUAAAUCCUCUUCAGCACCAUCGAAGGAGAACCCUGCUCUGGCUCCUGACUCCUCUUCAGAUGACAAAAAAGCCACCACUGGAAAAAAACUCUUGAGGGCCACUGCUGAAGCAGAGCAGCCUGAGAAGAAAUGUGUAAAGACUCUCAGAAAAGACCACAAAAUUGAAAGGCCCAAAUUUGUUGUUAAAUUAGCUAGCAAAAACGUGACCAAGAAAAAUGCAUCAGGUAGACAACAAGUAAAAAAGGCUUCUUUGCGUGGGGUUAGAGAGAAAACAGCUCAGAAAGGAAUUGAGUUCUCACAUAAACAAGAAAAUGGAGGUGUAGAUGAAGUGUUGGAUAAACCGGGCAAUGAAGUGGCAGCUGCAGAAGAUGAAAGAAAGGGAAGGAGGCAAGAUGAGGCCAUCAUUUUAAAAAAUAGAACAAGGCAGAAGAAAUUGGUCUGGACUUUGACGCUGGUCAAGGGGAAAAGAAGAACGUCCAAAAAAAGUUUGGCUGACAAUUUGGACCAAAGCCCUUCUGGAGGAUUUGUUAAGACUGCUGAUCUAGACAAAUCAGAGGAUGGAAAAACCAAGGAUGUGCUCACUACUGAUGAUUCCACAUCUCCCAAAACUACUGGGAAACGGAGAAAGAACCCCAAGGCUAUGAGAGCUUCUCUAGAAGUCAGGACUGAGGCAGGACAGGAGGAUGCAGUUCCUCCUGAUGAUGCGUUACUGAGGGAAAAUUCUUCACAUUCUCCUAAAAAAUCCCCCACUGUUGUAAAACGGCGUAAAUCUUUAUUUGGGUAUAGAAGGACGCCAGAGCAAGAGCUGAUGCGGAAGAUGCGCGAGUCUCAGUUGCAAGGGGAGGGUAAAAUCCCUAGGAAAAGAAGACGUCUUGUCUGUUAUGCCUACGAAGUAGUGGACUCCCCUGUGAGAGAAGAUCAACAGCAGGAGCUGCCAGGACAGGCAGAGGACGCAGGAGUAGCAAGUCAGCAAGGACUUGCUGAAGGUGGCGUGAUGAGUGCUCGGCCAUCCAGAGUGAUCAAGCUACCCAAGAGGUUCAUGGAUGAUGAAGGCAUGUCUGGACUGCCUGUAAAGAAGCCUGCUCAAACUGAAAUCCUACCGAAUGAGUCUGGCAUUGAAUUGGAGCAGAUUGAUGUCCAACAAACACAGGAGUUUAAAAGAAGGCAAAAGAGGGCAAAAUUACAUAACAUCAGUGAUGGCGAUGGAAAUUUUGUUGGAAAGGCGAAGUCUCAGGGACAGAAACCCAGAGGUGUCACAGAGAUGUCCGAUGGCCCUCGGAAGAAGGUUGGAAGAGUUGCUUAUGAUUCCACUCACCUUAAAAUUUAUGAGAGGCUAAAGAAGCUCACAGCGAGCUUGGCUCAGCGAAGGCAGAAGCGAAUGGCCAGUUACAAAGAUGAUGGUGUAAAGCUAGAGGGCGAGCUCCAGGGUACAGAGGAAUCCUCAUGUUUCAGAGAUAUAGGAAGCCAGAGGAACUCUGAUCUAAAGAUAGAGGAAGUAAACUCUCCAGGAGUUGUGCGUAAACUAGCUGUACAUGUUGAUGAUACGGCUGUUCAGUCAGCAGUUUCCACUGUUGAAGGAGGUGAAGAUGCAGCCAAAGCAGUCGUAGAGGGUACCAGCUUGGAAGGCACCGAUGUACAAAGGCAAGAUGCAGGGGAUUCUCAGGUGUCGGUGGAACAGGUUAGUCCUAUCCAAAGACUCAACCUCUCUGGUGCCAACAAAAGGAUGCUCCACUUGCUGAAGAGGGCCAAGGUCCAGCUGAUUAAGAUUGACCAGCAGAAACAGCUAAAGUCAUGUCAGCUGCUGUCUAGUGCAGUUAGAGGUGAAGAUGGUGCUAUUAGAGGUAUUCCGAGGAGGAGAAAGGGAGCGGGCAGAGGAAAUGCACAAUCGGCUCCUCAGGGGCAUCCAAUAGGAGGUCCACGGAUAAAGCACGUGUGCCGGGCAGCAGCAGUGGCACUGGGGCAGCCUCGAGCCAUGGUGCCAGAUGAUAUCCCCAGACUCAGUGCCCUGCCACUGCAUGAGAGAGAGGGCAUCGCACCUUCACCAAACACAGAAGAUCUAGGCUCUUGUUCAGACCCUGAGAGCACUGGUUCUGCUGAGCAGAAGCCAGUGUCCAGUAGAAGGUCUUUUGGUCUGCGGCAGAAGCGCUGUUUUCGGUGUAAGGGUUGCUGCCGGGAAGAGGACUGUGGGCGAUGUGUUUUCUGUCUGGAUAAACCGAAGUAUGGAGGACCCAAUAAGAAGCGCCAGAGCUGCAUCUAUAAGAAGUGUGCAAGAAUUGAAGAGAACAAAAUGAAGCGAUUGAAAGUUCAGAUGAAGCGACGCCAGAUUUCCGCGGCAGCUUAUCCAUGCAGCAGCGGAGAGGAAGAGGGCGAGCAGAGUGGUGCAAAAGAGGAGGAGUCUAGCCAAGUGGACCCAGCUAGUACACUCAGCCCCACUAGGAGGCAGCCUAGGCGACGGGUCACUCCACGAUGCUACAGCAACCUGUUAGAAUCCGACUCCACUGACACGGAGCCAGCCAACGGAGACACAGGAAAGGAAGAGAGCAGUAGUGCACCAACUGAUCAAGCUAAUGAUACCGCUGCACCUCCUAAUGCACGAUAUGAGGUGGGGAAGCCACGGAAGCCUGGCCUGCCACGAGGGCUUUGGGGCCGCCGCCGAAUUGAUAAGGCCCCGAAGCCCAGAGAGUCAUCACCGUCUACACCCAACAACCCCCCCAUUCCUACCGGAAGCCCGUCUCUAAAGCUCAAGCUGAAGCUCCAGCUGCGGCUGCAGAGGCUGCCGCUUAGUGUGGUGCGAGCGGCCGAAUUGUCCGUGGCGGCAGUGUCACGCCAGCCUGAUGCCAAAAAAGCACAGGAAGAGAAGGCAGAUGGAGGGGAGCAGGUGGAAAAGGAGGGAGCACAGGAGCAAGCCCUUACUGACCUCCACUGUCUUACUCGUUCCCAGAGCUCAGCGGAGCACACGCCGCCUAGUGUUCUGGCCGCGUUGGCCAACGGCUUCACCCAGCGGGAGCCACAAGCACAAGAGUCAACGCACAAAAUCCGGGUGGACUUCAAGGAGGACUGCAACAUUCAGAAUGUUUGGGCGAUGGGGGGUUUGAGUAUUCUCACAUCGAUUCCAAUCACACCAGAGUAUGUGUGUCUGCUCUGUGCUAGUAAAGGCCAUCAUGAGAUGAUUUUUUGUCAGAUGUGCUGUGAGCCCUUCCACCGCUUCUGUCUUCCAGUGGACGACCGUCCACAGAAGGACAACAAAGAAAAUUGGUGUUGUAGGCGCUGCAAAUACUGCCAUGUCUGCGGCCGUAAGAGUAAACAUGGAAAGCCGGUUUUGCAGUGUAAAAGGUGCUUGUACUGCUACCACCCUUCAUGUCUAGGACCCACAUAUCCCAAACCAGCCAAGUGUAACACUCCUUGGGUGUGUAUGAUGUGUAUUCGGUGUAAGAGCUGUGGGGUGACCCCAGGGAAGUCAUGGGACAUGGCCUGGAAUCAUGAGUUAAAUCUCUGCCCACAGUGCAGCAACCUUCACAGCCAAGGUAACUUCUGCACAGUGUGCCUCAAGUGCUACCAAGAGCAUGAGUUUGACAGUAAGAUGAUGCAGUGUGCUCGAUGUGCCCAUUGGGUGCAUCCAAAGUGUGAGGGUCUCACAGAUGACUUGUAUGAGCUGCUAUGCAGGCUGCGAGGGAAGAGUCUGGUGUUCUCUUGUGCUGCAUGCAGUAAGAGUCACCCCAGUGGCUGGCAGGAGGUGGUGCAAGACGUGCUAAGGGACGGUCUGGAGAAGGUUAUGAGUGGCUUACUGAACUCUCUCACCACCUGCCACCUCCGUACCUGCUCACAGUGUGAAGCUUGUCCUGAUGCUGAGAGCAUAAAGGACAGAAAGAUGGUCUGUGAUAUUCGGGCUGUGGAGAGGAAGCUUGAAGAAGGUCUUUACACUACACUGAAAAUGUUUCAUGAAGAUUUGGCGAGGUUGUUAAUGCAGAAGCUACAAGAAGAAGAACAUCUUUCAGAGGAGCAGAGGCCCACUGUCCAAGCCAAGAUCUUCUAUCUAAGGUUGCUGGAGCAGACUUUCAGUUGGUUUAACAGUCAGGACCCUGUAACAUGGAAACCUCUUUUGAAAGAAUUCCCAAGUGGUAUGCUGCCAGAGGCAAUAAUUCCACCAUCUGAUGAGCACAGUUAUGCCCAAUGGCUGGAGGAACAGGACCGUGCUAUUACCAGGACAAAGGAGACUCAAGAAAAUGUUCAUUUAAAAGCACAUGAUCCUCUGAAUUUGAAUCGCCGUGAUAUAGAUGAAAGACAAUGUUCUCUUUGUCAGCAACAUGGUGAUGCUAAACCCAAUGAGGCAGGCAGGCUACUGUACUUGGGGCAAAAUGAGUGGGCUCAUGUAAACUGUUGUAUCUGGUCUGCUGAGGUGCAGGAGGUCAAGGGAGCAUUGUUACAUGUCCACAGUGCUGUAACCAGGGGACGAUUCAUGCGCUGUGAGCGGUGUAGCCAGGUGGGCGCAACAGUGGGCUGCUGUCUCUCAACCUGUCAGAGUAACUACCACUUCAUGUGUGCUCGUGCCAGCCACUGUGUCUUUCAGAGUGAUAAGAAGGUCUACUGUCACAAACACCGUGAACUCAUCAACAACAAGAUGAUGAAUGGAUUUGAGGUUCUCAGACGGGUCUAUGUAGAUUUUGAGGGUAUUAGUCUUCGCAGAAAGUUUCUGACUGGCUUGGAGCCGGAGUCUGUUAAUGUGAUGAUAGGCUCUCUACAGGUUAACAGAUUGGGUGUGCUGAGUGACCUGUCUGAAGUUUCAGGGAAAUUGUAUCCUGUGGGUUACCAAUGUACUCGGUGGUACUGGAGUACAGUUGACCCAAGAAAACGAUGUAGGUACACUUGUAAAGUCACUGAUGUGCAACUGUCAUCGCCAAUGAGAACUCAUAAUUCAGCACUAAAUCAGGAAGAGAACUGCACCAUUGCACACAGCCCAAAACCUAAUGAAGAUAUGGACUCCACUAAUGUUGAGACUGGUCCUGUUGACCUACUGCCUGGCACCCCAUCUCCUAACUCCAAACUUGACUCAGGAGCAGAAUCUAAAACUCCAAAGCACCCUCAGAACCGGAGACCAGUUGGAGGAACUUUCAGACCAUUGCCAUCCCCAGGGGCUGCAGUUUCCACAUCCCAUCACAUCCUGACCAUCAGUGAUCUUGAUGAGACACGCCGGUCAAAGAGGCUUUCUGUACGCAGUCGAAAUGCUUCUCCUCCCCAAAAGUCCUCCACAGUGCCAAUGAAACUGCGCUCAGGAGGGACUCUUAACCCCAGAUCACUUACAUUUAGUUCCCCUAUCUCUCCGCUUGGUGCUACUGAGAACCUCAUGAGCUCUCCAUCCAAUCGUCGCAGAGGGCGUCCUCCUUCCUCCCCAUCUAAUGCUACCUCGGCGUACUCUCCUCGACAAGGAACCAUUGGGAGCAGCCCUUCAACCGUUUACUUGUCCCCAUGCCAUUCUCCAAGGAUUCAGCAACAUUUCAGGAGCACACCACAAGAAUCUGCAGAGGUACCUCAAGAUUUUUCUGCCUCUUUAGAGCCGGAAGAUGCUGCAGGAAUGCCAGAGGACAGCAUCUCCACGAUUGCAGUCAUUGGUGAUGGCAACUCUGUGCCACUGCCGUCAGAUCAAGAGUUGCUCUCCACACACUUUGAUGCUGACACGGAUGUCGCUGUGGCCUCUGUGCUGAAUGCAAAGCUGGAGUUUGAUGAAGCGCUGCUAAAUGAGAAUGUGGCACUGCACUGUGGACUGUAUGGUAGUGGAGCAGAAGUGCAAGAAAUCAGGGAGAGUCAAGGAGCGCAUACUGAGGGGAACAGCUUGCUAGGCCGGAUUUCAGAUGAAGAUACCAGUAUAUACAGUGCUAGUGAAAAAGACUUGCCUGGCCUCUCAGACCCUGGAGGGCACAUAGAGGUAGACUCUGUUGAUGGAGACUCUAACCAUUAUCUGAAUUUCUCUCGCACAGUAGUGGUCUGUGAUGCUGUCAAGGACUCUGCACAGGCAGGGCUAACUGUUCUUGCUACCUCACAGUCCAUCUCUCAGCUGGAUGGAGCAGAUAAUGAUUCAGAAAGUGAUGCAAGCGAAGCCAGUGGAGAUGACGACACUCAGGAAGUAGGUAAUAGUUAUCAUAGUCAGGAGACUGAGCCAUCAAAGAGCGUCACUCCUAAUUCUGGAAGGGAAUUAGUUUGCACAAGCACAGGCAUGUCUUUUGUGCCAGAAUCCAUUCAGAUUGAUGUUGAGCCAGAGGUUUUUCAGAAAACUGCUGUAGAUCAACUUUCUGAUAAGCAAGAGUUACAGGAUUCAGUGCCCUUACAGGAGGGUUGGGAUGUACUUGAUUCUGCCACUGAAGUAUUCACAGCACAAGAAAGCAUAUCUACACAGGAUUUAACGGUGCAAGAAAUGCAGUCAGUAUCUGAGGCAGUAAUUGAAAAUGUGUUACCAACUUCCCCAGUUUUUGAUCCAAGUAUUGAUCUUGUUGCUGGACAAGAGGACGUUCUGGGAGACAGUAAACCUGUAGAGGAUUUAAACGAAGUGUUGUUGGAUCCUGAGAUGGGUCAUUUUGUCUCUGCUAAAGAUGGCAGCAUAGUGCAUAUGUUUGACUCCUCAUCAGUCAACUCAGUAAACAAGGAUGCAAAAUCGCCAGAGAAGAUAGUCUUCCCAGAGCCUACAGUGAAGGUCAUUUCAGCCCCUUCUUUGAGCAGUGUCAGGAAAGUUACUGGUCCAGGUCCACUCCCUCAUAAAACUUAUGUCAUUCCACAACCUGUACCACAGCACAGAAUAGUGAAGAUGACUGUGCCUGCUGGCACAUCAUUACCUCUGUCUGUUCCUGUCAACAUGGUUUCCACAUCACCAGCUGCCUCUGUUUUUCAAAAAAAUGUAGUUGUUGCUUCCUCUCAGGUAGCAGUCAAUGGUCUGGAUUCUCCCAAGGAAUCCCCAAGGAGCCGAACUCUCGCCAUCCGCAUUCCUGCCUCUAGAGUAUCAAGUGGGACUGGUGCAUUACCUAGCCCACAGGUUUUGCUUGUAAACCGCUCUGGUCAGGUUUUAAUAAAAGACCCACAGACCAACACUUACCAGUUGCCUAGUACUAAUUCACCAUCUUUCAGCCACAUUAGGCAAAUUGCUAAGAUCAUCCACAGCAGUAACCUUGUUCAGAGAUCUGUUCCAAGGGUUUUGGUAACCCCUGUGUCUCAAGCAAGCCCCAGCCAAGCUCCAACCACACAUGUAUCGUACAGCAAUGGAGCUGUGCCGUCUACUAAGGUGUUCAUUAGGAAGCUACCUCAGAAGUUUUCAGAAGUGCAAAUGAACAGUGGUGUAAGGCUGAACAAUACAGCUGUGCCAGUCUUGCCAGUAUCAGAAGUAAACCAGGGAGAUGACGCACAGGCUAUAAUAGAGAGAGCCAUGGCAAGCCACAGAGAAGUGGCAAACCCUGGUGUGCUGAGUCCAUCCCAGUUCCAGGUCCACCCAUACCUUAGCAAACUCCACUCUCCUGAUAUGGUAGAACACUCUUCGAAACUGCAACACCGGACUCAGCCUGCCAUUCUGUCCCGCUCAAAGUCUCAGGUCAGAGUCAAGAGGGUGUCUUCAGCAUCUGAGCGAUCUGGCAUAAAGAAAUCCAAGACUGACUUCAUAGAGCCGACGGUUUCUAGCUCUCAGGAUGACCUUAACAGAUUUAACAAAGUACGCAUUAAGGCUCCAACCAUUAAGGACAUGCUGGACUUUGACCAUCCAGAAGCUGAAAAUCUCUCUGAACCAAAGACUGCUGAAGCCAAAGACUUUGAAAACAAAAGAGUUGCUCCAAUAGAAUGUGAGUCCAGUGAACCGCAGGACAGAGAGAGGGCCAUCCAUGACAAAACUCAUGAAUGGGUCAGCUCUACAAACAGUGACUUGGCUGACUGGACUCCCUGUGCAGAUUGGAGUUCAGAUGAGGACUCUCCAUUACCCUUUAAGCAGGAGCAGAAUGAAUGUGCAGGUCAAAAUCAGCCACACCUGGUCUUCAAAAUCACUAGCGAUGAUGGUUUCAGUGUGGAAGCGGACAGCAUUGAGGUGGCAUGGAAGGCAGUGGUAGAUGGUGUCCAGGAGGCACGGAUGGGCUAUAGGCUCGAACAGUUGCCUCUAGGCAGAAUGAGCGGAGCCAGGGUACUUGGUGUCAUCCACGAUGCUGUGCUAUUCCUCCUGGAGCAGCUGCAGGGCGCUCCCCAGUGUCAGAACCAUCGGUUCCGGUUCCACCAGCAUGAGAAACCAGAGAAGGAGCUGCCAGUAAAUCCUAGUGGCUGUGCUCGUGCUGAGGUCUAUGUGAGGAAAUCCACAUUUGACAUGUUUAACUUCCUGGCUUCCCAACAUCGGCAGCUUCCUGAGAGCAGACCCUGUGAUGAAGAGGAAGAUGACAUUAAGCUGAAAUCCAGCAGGCGUGCGACCAGUACAGAGUUACCGAUGGCAAUGAGGUUCCGGCACCUUGAGAAGACAUCUAAAGAGGCUGUAGGAGUUUAUAGGUCUGCCAUUCAUGGGCGUGGUCUUUUCUGCAAGAGGAACAUAGAAGCUGGAGAGAUGGUGAUUGAGUAUGCUGGUAAUGUCAUUCGUUCAGUCUUAACUGACAAGCGGGAGAAAUACUACGACAGUAAGGGCAUUGGCUGCUACAUGUUUCGUAUUGAUGAUUUUGAUGUCGUGGAUGCCACCAUGCACGGCAAUGCAGCACGUUUUAUUAACCACUCAUGUGAGCCCAACUGUUACUCGCGGGUCAUUAACGUGGAAGGCCGGAAGCACAUUGUCAUAUUUGCUUUGAGGAAGAUGUACCGUGGGGAGGAGCUCACCUACGAUUACAAGUUCCCCAUUGAAGAUGCCAGCAACAAGCUGCACUGUAACUGUGGAGCUAGACGAUGUAGACGCUUUUUGAAUUAGGAUUUAAACAUGGUUGGAUUGAACUAGGACUUGAACAUGGAUGAAGGUACUCAGGGGCAAGAUAGGAAAUUAAUAAAGGGAGGUAGGCAGUUGAAUGCGGAAAGAAACAUUUUAGCUUAAGUCAGUGAUUCCCAAGGUUGAGAAAUACUGGCUUCUGUGAACAACCAUUUGUCUUUGUGAUCAGCUCAACAUAUUGGCAUACAUGUGGGCCAGAUGAAAACUUUUUGGGCCAAGGAUCAGCACAUCUAAUGGACAGAUUUUCCGGUUCCCCACUAUCAGUCCUUAGAACUGUCGUCCUCCUAAAAAUGUAAGUGGGUGGCUUUGAAAUUUCAUUUUUGAUGGGACAUGGAGUGAAAUGGCCUUUCCCAUUUUCAUUGAGUGAAAAAUCUUCAGCUUUGUACCUGAUGUUUUCUUAAUGGCUGCUUACAGCCAUAGUGCAGUGCUUCAGUUCACUAGGGCUGCUAAGUGUAAAGCCAGCCUUGUGUGUUUUAAGGGUGUUUUUGCAUUUUUGCUACUGAUUCGGAAGAGCUCUGUAGAGAGUCCUCAAUUAGCACCUUACCAGUAUGGCUCUGUAUUUAUCAGAGUUGGAUUAUUAUACUUUGUGGGACUUUGAGUGAUGUUUUUUCAGUGAACAGAGGCUUCUGUGAAUAUAUUUUAAAUGAUGGUGCUAAUAAAAGCACCAGGAUUUUUUUUCUGCUGCUUUUAAACUUCCAAACAGCUUUCUUUCUAUUGUGAUUACUGUGCAGUCAAUUUGUGUGAGAUUUAUCUUCCAAAGUUUGGAUUUCCUACAGCUUUCCCCAUUUGGAUACCUGUACAGAAUUUUAUUUUUUACCCUGUUCAUUGCGUACCCCAACUAUGCGCAGAUAAAAUUCUGUAUGUAUGGAUGGGGAGGUGCUUCAAGGUCUGCUCUUGUCAAUUUAUUUUUAUGUGUGUGUGUGUGUUCACAUUUUCUUUUUCUCUUUUUUUUUUUUUUAAUAAUUCUGUCUAAUUGUUAUACAUUUUUUUGCAGUUGAGAAUUGACACCCAGAAGGUACAUAUAUAGCAUAAGCUUAUUAAAUCAUUUGCCUGUCCUGCUUGUGUAAUCACUGCAAGCUAACAAUUUUGAAACACAUCUGUUGUAAUUGGACAAAUCUUAAAAAAAUUUACCUGAAGGAAAUAACCAUACUUCUUAUAGCCAUGUGUUUUUAUUUGCUCUUUCUUUUGCAGCCAGUCAGACCAGGGACACUUUGCAGAUCUACUACCUCAGUGACGCAUGACCCAUGAUAGCUAGUGAAAUAUGAAUGAACAGUAGCAAAACAAUUGCUGCUGUUCUUCACUAGCGUUGAGUUUAUGCAAUUUGACUGCAGAUUUUUUUUCUUUAGUUACAGUGGGCUUCAGGUCCUCCCUUGUGUGUUUGUAAAUAUUUUGUUUACUUAACAAGAAGAGUACGGAUUGAGUCCCUAAUUUAGCAUGAGGAACUUGUCCAUGUUAUUUAGUGCGUCUUUGUAUAUAGUUGUACAAAAAUUUCAGAACCUGUUAAAAUUUUCUACGCACUUUUUUUAUUUAUGAUGUUCUAAAUGUAAUAAAGAUCCUAAAAUUUUUCAACUAAACAGUUGAACGUAAUUCAGUUACAUGUGUGCGGUUGUAUGCAAAUGUUUGUUUUUCUGUUGGUUUUCAAGGUAAAUACAGAAGUAAACAAACUUUUAUAAAACGCAGUUAGUUUGUAGUUGUUCUUAAAGUGGGGAAAAAAAUAAAAUGUGUACCAGUUGUGGAUUA